UGGAAAUUUAAUUGAUGAAUUUGAAGAAGCCUUUCAACAAUGCUUAGGUUUAUUCAAUAAAGAUGAUGGGUCGGAAUAUACAAGCAUUGAAGUAAUGAUUGGAAAAGAUGAUACUAAGAUUGAAGUUGAUCAAGUGACUUUGAGAUUUAUUGAUCUGGCUCGCCAAGUUGAGGCUUUUUUCUUACAAAAACGUUUUCUUCUGUCUGCUCUUAAGCCAGAACUUGUUGUCAAAGAAGAUAUUACAGAUUUAAAAUUUGAAUUGACUCGAAAAGAAGAACUUAUAAAAAAAAAUUAUGAAAAAAUAUUUGUGUGGCAAAAUUUACUUGCGGAAAUGCAUGGCUGGGUUCAGCCUAAUGGUUCUAGUCAGAACUCUCAUUCAUCUGGCACUUCUAGUAACAACAGUCCUUCUGCUCAACACGUUUUACAGCAUCAGCAAAUUCAACAGCAACAAAUCCAUUUACAACAUCAACAUCUUCAACAUAUUCAACAGCAACAGUUUCAACAAGGAACUAGCUCAACUUUAACAUCAGGAUUACAAACACCUGGAACUACCACAGGCUCUCAAAAUAUUUUCAUGAAUCAAGGAAAUGUUACAAAUGUCAGAAAUUCUGGAUAUGCUGUAGGUAGUCUUAAUACCACUUCUCUACAAGGCCCCUUAGCUUUCUUGGAAAAAACAACUAGCAAUAUUGGUAUGCCUGAAAGAAGAAGUUGACGCGGAAGAGGGAG